UGACGUAAAUCUCCUGCGACGCCGACUUGCGAGCUGCGUCGCACCAAAACACUGGUAGCUUAGAGCAGCAACGGUGCAUUCGAAACUGCCAACGCGUUGUAGAAAAUGCCUGUGUGCAAUUUCUUUCUUCAGGGCCGAUGUCGUUACGGCGACAAGUGUUGGAAUGAGCAUCCGAGAGGAGGAGGAGGAGGAGGAAGAGGAGGUGGAGGUGGAGGUGGUGGAGGAGCAUACAACAACAACAACAGCAGCAGCAGCUACAACUCUCCUGCUCAGCAGCAUCCCAGAGGAGGAGCUGGAGGGUUUGGAAAUCGAGUUUGGGUGAAUCCUUCCCAGCAAAAAGCAGCCUAUAUCCAGCCUUCGUCUUUCUCCUCCCAUGGAACUGAGGAAUGGGGUAAAGGAGGAAGUGGAGGAGCUGACUGGGGUCGUAGUGGAGGAGGAGGAGGAGGGGGAGGGAAUGACUGGGGUCGUGGUGGUGGUGGUGGAGGAGGAGGAGGGGGAGGGAAUGACUGGGGUCGUGGUGGUGGUGGUGGUGGUGGAGGAGGAGGGAAUGACUGGGGCCGAGGAGGAGGAGGAGGGAAUGACUGGGGGGGAAAAAAAGACAAUGUGAGCUUCUCUGGUCAGAACAGAUUUUCAGCGCUUGGUACUCAAAGUACUUUUGAAAGAGGAGGAGGAGGAGGAGGACAGCAGGUGCCGGUCGGCGAGGAAGAUGAUGACAAAAAACUGGAGAUCAUCCAGAUGGACAUGGACAUUUGGGAGAGUUCUGGACAGUGGGUCUUUUCGUGUUAUUCUAGCUCCAAGUCACCUUUAUCUGGUUUCACUGAUCUCUCUCCAGAAGAGCUCAGGCUGGAGUAUUACUCCACAAAGGCUUCGGGAGAUCUGCAGAGCUACGUUAAUGGUAUCAAUCAGUUGCUCAACCAGUGGAGAAGCAGAGUCCAGGAGCUGAAGCUUAUGACUCCAGCCACGCGCACAGCUUUGCUCGGUGAGAUGAACAACCCUGCAACUCGGUCCUCUCCGAGUAGCUUCGGUUCAGCUACUGGAUUUGGAUCUGCUGUAUCCAGCUUGGAAGGAAAAGGCUUUGGGGCUCCGGCACCAGCCACGGCCGAGACGUUCAGCUUUGCGGCCCAAGCGGUUGGAUUUGGCUCCUCGGCCCCCGCAGCUUUUGGCGGCCCCUCAGCAGCUCCCGCGCAACCUCCCUCCGGAUUUGGUUCCUCCACCGCAGGCUCCUCAGCUGUUGCCGCGUCUUCGUUCUCCUUUGCCGCUCCGCCUGCCAACAAGCCGGCCGCCGCUUCAGGAUUUGGCUCAGCCUCCGGGUUCAGUUUCUCCUCCACAACGACCCCCGGCGGAGGAUUCGCGAGCGCUUUUGGGUCUGAAGCGGCCGCCUCCGCAGGAAGCGGCAGUGUGUUUGGACAGACGGGUGGAGGGUUCGGGAAGGCGGCUGCUCCACAGGCAGCAGGGGCGGGGUCUGCCGGCGGGGCAUCGGACACUCUGUUUUCACAAGAGAGCAAUAUGACUCCAGAGGAACUGAACCAGUUCAAGGCCAAGAGGUUCACUCUGGGCCAGAUUCCAUUAAAGCCUCCCCCAGCUGACAUGCUUGUGGUAUGAUGCUGGAGGGGGAAAUUCACUGGAUUUUUAGAAAGAAAACGAUUCUUCAUACAGAGUAAAAGCUUCUAUUAAAACCUAAAUCGUUUUUUAAAGAUAUGGCUAAUGUUUAUUAUACUUUAACUUGCUGCAGUUCAAUUAAAGAUAUUUGUGUUCAUGCUGAGCGUACUUCAGGUACAGCUGUACAAAUACAUGGUCAAUAUUUCUAGAUGUCUUUUGUCACGUAGAGUUCUAUUUUUAAAUAACUGUCUUUUGGGAAUGUUCUGAAUCUGUUUGCAAAUUUGACCUUUUUCAUGUAUUAUGAGAUUAUUUGCAUGAUAAUAUAGUGUAUAGUACAAUAAUAAAUAAAUAUGCCUUCAUUGGUUAUAAACUUUUA